CCUGCCAGGCUGAGGGGAGCACGAGCUUAGCAUGCUAGGAGAAGCCAGGACGGCGGCUUGGCCAGUACGUGAUAAGCCAGGCAGAAUUAGGGAGACGGGGGGGGUGGGCAGGCAGGGGCCAGCACACCAGCGCCUGCAGGGAGGGCCUGGGGGAUGCCCGAUGCAGCCCCAGCAGGAAGGUCUCUUACCCCCUGCCCACAUCCACGUGGGAGCUUAGAGGGCUGGCUGGGCCCUGGCCUUCUGACUGGAGGCCCAUUAGCACAGUUGGGCAGCAAGUCUCUGCCGCCCCCCAGCAGGUCAGUGAGGCACAAGGGGAAGAUGGAGGACGCCCUGGGUUCCAGCCCCGGUGAGCCUGGCCAGUAUUGGGCUUGAGAACUGGCCAGAGCCCUGCUGGGUGGAGGGACAGCAUUGCGCCUCAGGGCUGAGAACACCUCGCUGAGCUCAGAACUGUGGAGGGAGGAACGGCAGCGUCUCCGUGGGCUCAGCCUAAGCUUCUGUGUGCCCACUGCCCCUAGGAGCCCUUCUGGGAGGCCACCCUGUGGCAAAGGACUUCUUUCCCAGAUGGCCUGGGCCAGCAUCACCUGGAGGUGACAAUCCCCAUGCCACAGGCUGUCAGGGAGGCAGCGGAGCAGCGCCGUCAGUGGUCUGGGAAGCCUAAGGGACUGGUGGGAUCCGCACAGCCAUCCCGGCCGGGCUGUUCACCCUAUUCCACCGCCCACAGCUCCAAGGAGGACUUUGGGCCUCCAGGGGAGAGCUCGCUGUGGAAGGGGUUUCACAGCCCCUGUGGAGGGGCUUGCAACUGGGCAAGGCAGUAUGUGCUUGGAUUACAAAAACGGGAAAGAUCUGAUUAGUGAAGGCCGUCUGAUUGGCAGAAUCUUCCCAAAUGUGGAGGCUACUUGCUGAAGCUGAGAGCUCAGUCAUCCCCACCCCUCUCCCAUCCUCUCUCCACAUCCUCUGGCCUGGCCUAGUGUCUGCCCCAAACACUCUUGGCCCCUGGAUUAAUUUCCCAUGGUGGCUGCUGCGGUCGCCCUUUCAGUUUCUGGUGGCCCCAGCUUUGCUUGGCUUGUCGCCUCAUCGCUCCAGUCUCUGCCUCUAGGGUCACAAGGCCACCUCCUCUGUCUGUGAAAUCUCCCUCUCUCCUUUUCUGACAAGUGUCUUGUGAUGGCAUUUAGGGCCCCCCUGGAUAAUCGUCGCAAGAGCCUUGGCCUAAUCAUGUCUGCUAAGUGCAUGUGACCCUUUUUCUCAGUAAGGUCCCAUGCACAGUUUCCCGGGGCUAGGAUCUGCCGUCUUUGUGGGCUGUUAUUCAGCCUGCUGCACCCCCUCCAGUCUAGUCUUCACUCAGAAAAAAAAAAAAAAAAAACAACAACUGUGUUCCUGAAACACCCCUCCGCUUUGAGAACCUGCCCCAUGCUGUGCCUCUUUCAGGAAGAAUUUCAACCACAAUGCCGCCAGGCCCGGGUGGUUGGGCCCUGCCCACCUCAUGGCCUCUGCCCCUUGCUUCCCAUCUGCCUCAGUUCCUCUAGCCCGAGGGGUCCUUCCCUGCCUUGGGCCCUUGCCUGGAAAGCCCUCCAGAACAGUCUCUCAUCUCUCCCACCCCAGCCAGCCAAGCAGACCGCCCUGGCGCACCCAGGAAAGAAAUUCACUGGGGACAGGCUCUCCAUAUGUGAGCUCCGGGAUGGGAUCUGGGAUCUGCUGGGCGUGGUGUGGACGCUCCCAGGCCCCAGUCCUCACACACAGCCCCCUGUGAGGUGGGUGCUUCGAGGGCCUCGCUCUCCCAAAGGAGAAACUGAGGUGCAGGGGUCGUGGCUGCCUGUCCCUUCCUCUUGGGGAGCACCCACUGGCUUUCACUCCCUGGCUCCCUCCUCGGAGUUGGGGGCUGGUGGGCAGUGCUCCCUGGCUGUGGGCUUCACAGGCCAACCCCCUGUCGUAGCCGGGGUCCCCUCCGCGGCAGCCCUGGGUGAGCACUGGUGCCCACCUCGGAGGUGGAGAGGCCAAGGGGAGGGCUGCACGGGGCUGUUGCAUUGCCACGGUUGCCAGCGACCCUCGGGGGCCAGGUGUGAUGCGGGGUGUCCCUGGGAGCUGUGGCACGGAGGAGGCCCGGCCGUGAGUCCUGGCGAGGCGAAACCCGCGGCUGCCGGACCCACCCGGCCGGGAAUAGUGCUCCUGGUUGUUUCCGGCUCGCGUGGGUGUGUUGGCGGCGGGGCCUGACAACCCCGGCCUCCCGGCCUCCCGCCGGCCCAAGUGGGGCCUGGGGCUGGGGAGGGCGCAAGCUGGGCCCGGUGGCUGCGUGCCGCCCCUGACAGGGCCUGCCGUGAGUGCCAUGAUCGUCCCCAUGUUACAGUUGACAAGCUUAACGAUUCAGGGAUGGAAAGUGACAUUUCCAGGACCCCCACACUAACAGGAGGCGAGGCUGAGGAGCCCAGUUCCGGCCCUUUUGCCCACCCCAUGGAUUCUUUGCAGUGGGAUCCCCUUCUGGGGAGGCUGCAGGGUCACACUGUCCCCUCCCCUCCCCCACCUGAAUUGCUGUCACUUUUCUGGGAUUUCCACCUGGGUUCAGGCAGCACCUUCACCCCAGAAUCUCCCUGAGCUCCCAUUCCCAGUGAACCAAACCUAUGGAAGCUGGAGAUGGAAAAGCUUAACCCACCAGCGGAGGUAAUGUGGCCGCAGAGCGCCUGAGGCCUGACUAGGCUGUGUGACCCUAGCAAGGGACACCACCGCACUGGAGCCCAGCCACUGGGAAGGCUCUGCCCUGGGCCUGACUCCUGGUGGGGGCAGGGUGCGGCUGGAGGAGAAGUGCUGGUUUCCAAAGUGAGGAGAGGCCACAUCCAGCGUCGGGUGGGGUCCUGCUCACCCAUGUUCUUCUGUGU